AGUUCUUUGGAUUAAAAAAGAGGAAUUUUUAAUCCGUAAAUCAGUUCAAAAUAAUUUGGGUUUUAAUUUCUUUUGGGGAUAAGUAAAAGCAUUGGGGGUUUUAGUUGGAUGACUAGCGCUUCGGAGUUGUUCUACACUCGAAGGUCGAGAGUGGGUCGACCCGAUCCGGAUUCAGGGAUUGGGUCCUCGAUUGAACGGAAUCACCUCAGUCAUCACCAUAACAGGCAUGAUUUGGACGGUGUCGAUUCUCUCCGCCGGUCUUCCCACGUGCGCCACUUCAGCUCGCGUGCUUCCUCCCUCACCGAGCGUCCAUCAGUGCGGGUUGAUGAAGGUAUCAGUGAGCUUGUAUCGAGCAAUGGGUUAACUGCAGACAUUGUAAACAGUUCAAGAAGGCAAAGUUUGAGAUCAAAUGAGAGGCUUGCAAGAGCAAGGUUUGAUGAAGGUACCAGCGAGCUUAUAUUGAACAAUGGUUUAAAUGUGGAUGGUGUAAGCAAUGUAAGCGGGCGAAGUUUGAGUUCAGAUGAAAGGCUUCCUGGAGCUGUGCUACUUGCAAGAGCGAGGCUUCUUGAGCGACUGAGAGGCAUGUCUGUUUCUGGAAACAGGCAAAGCAGUAGAACUCCACGUAAUGCAUACCGCAGGGAGCAUGUAUCAGAUGAUGAUUUGAGGAGCGUAACCGAAAUCUCUACAGGGUUGGCACCUAGGGGUUCCCCAUUAACCUCUGAAACAGAAAGGUUUCAAUUGUUACAUGAAACAAGCAAGAAGCCUCCAGGACUUACUCAGGAGGCCGUGAACCGUUUGCCGUUGGAAGUUUUCAGCAGCCAAGAGGUGGACGUUGAGAGAAAGACGUCAAGGGAAUCGAGGGAUUGCAGUAUAUGUCUCGAUAGCUUUGGAGAAGAAGAUGUGCUGACACGGUUGCCGUGUGGGCACAGGUUUCAUUUUGCUUGCUUGGAUCCUUGGGUCCGGAUGUGUGGGGACUGUCCCUACUGUAGAAGAAGUAUACUAUAAAA